AUGUCUUUAAUCAACCUCCUGGUGAGACACGAAGGUCAUGAUGAAGAGCCCUCAGAGCCUAUGCACGAGCAUAGCGGGGCUGUGUAUGUCGACUACAAACUCACAGGUAUGAUGGUGUUCCAUUUUAUACUUGUUGCGAUUGCGUUCGGCUUCGUUCUGCCGUACGGCUUCGUGUGCAAGCAGGCGCGUAGCAGAUGGCACCUAAUUGUUCAGCUCGUCGGGGGCGUUUCAGCCAUUAUGGCUGCGAUUACGGGCCACGUCACCGGGAUUGAAUGGUACAACCCGUGGCUGGUUGAUUUCUGUGCUUUGUGGGGAUUGGCGUGUGUUGGAGGAACGCUGCUUUUGCAAAUUUACAUGCCACGAGGUAUUUUGUCGGCCAUGCGCGAGAUCGUCAACAAGGUCCACACUGCUAUUUCACUGCUCCAGCCUUUGGUUUGUUUUGUGUUUGCUGGGUUGGCGUUCAUCUCGUACCUGCAGUACUGCAAGAGCGACCACCUUGGUCAGUGUCUUGCUCACGGCAUCAUGGGGACCGCAUUCAUUGUGUAUGGCGUUAUUUUGCUUUGCAUGCUGUUUAUUGGUGAGCACUUCCUCAAGCGCAUGAACCGUUCUCAAGAGUACUUUGACUCCAUGGUGAUCAUGAUCUGGGGUAUCAUCAACACGUUUACCGAGCACCGCUGGGGCAAGGAGGACUGGAAUCACGGAGACGUCCAGCAUACGUCCAUGGGUAUCAUCUGGUGGGCUGCGGGCGCCUUGGGCGUCUACAUGUCGUGGGACCGGGUGAAUCACCGCCCUCAGCGUAACCAUAUUCCAGCAUUUGUCAUUAUUGCAACCGGAUACUCGAUGAUCACCCAUACCCAGCGCUUCGCAGUGUCUACAGAUAUCCACAUGAUGUUCGGUGUGGUGCUUGUGCUUGCAGGACUGACGCGUAUCGUUGAAAUCUCGUUUGUGCUCAAGGACCAGCCCCACGAAGGAAACGAGGUUAAAUCAUUCCAGUACCUGACCCCUCUGCUUCUCUGUCUUUCGGGAUGUUUCUUCAUGAGUGCAACUGAAGAGGCCAUGGCGUUCCUGCACUCUCAGGGCGUUAUGGCUGCACCAUAUUUGCUGACCAUUUCGGCCGUUGGCUUUGUGCUUUUCCUUGACGCUUACUUUAUGGUUACAUCCUACAAGCAGCUAUCACAGGGCAUAGAGCUUCCCACCAAAGAGGCCGGCAUAGAACUCCGUCCGUUCUUGCAUCAGCCUGAUGAGGAAGCCCAGGUCAAUGACUUUGAAAUCAGCGACUAG